AUGGGGCGGAAGUGGUGUAGUGGCAAGUGGUCAGUAAAUUACUCGAACUACACAUUUCAGUUGGUUAGUUCGCGUCCGUACCUUUCGGCUACGCUAUUGGAUCUCUGGAUUUCUGGUUGCUUUGUUCACGCGGUAUUUCUGCUGGUCGUAGAUUUGACGUUGCCCGCGAGAAGGCUCAGAUAUGCGCUUCUCGUGGACGUGGACGAUGAUCAAAGUAGGCCGAGACAGACUGUUUUGAAAAGUGGCAAACCGUAUACUGCAGUGAGGGGAUUCAUGCAAAAAAUUGCCGAAAGAAUGUUCGGUUUUAUACCGUCUGAGGACUCCUCAACGCACGUCAUCUCUAUGCCUCCUGAAUCAGCACUUGUGCAGCGACGAGUUACUACGACUACUCUUGGCGACAGAAAAAAAUUUGCUCUGCUCGCCGUAGCAGCCAGCUAUGCCACUUUCGUUGUCGUUUACUGUGUCAUCUUAUCCUCUAUUGAUUGA